GUGCCCGAGGUUUUCCACCAGCUAGGUCGACUCGAAAUGGAUGUUUGAAUGGAUCAAUUAACUCUUACGGACUAUUCAUUGAAACUGCAACGCAUAUGAACGCUGAUUACGGCCUGGCGAGGGAGACUGGACAGGGCGAGAAAAAAGACAAAACGGCAAUUAUUGAGUGCCAGGUAUCUUCUCUCGCUCGGGGUGAGGGUGCGUGCUCCGAAAGGGGUCCAGUGUAGCGUGUUACGUGCUCGCGUUAAGGUAGAAGACAGUCGUCGUCGUCCUACCCGUCUCUCUCUCUCUAUUUUUCGUUUCUCCACUUCACACACACACACAAGAAACCAUGCUCAUGCAAGGGGCCCUACCAGCUACCAUGCCCUCCGCCAUCACCACGCCGACGAUGCACCCUCAGGCCAUCGAAGCGCCCGGCAUCAGCCAGAAGGACACCACCUUCACCAAGAUCUUCGUGGGCGGCCUGCCGUACCACACCACCGACAAGAGUCUGCGGGAGCACUUCGAAGUCUACGGCGAGAUCGAGGAGGCCGUCGUCAUCACCGACAGACAGACCGGAAAGAGCAGAGGCUAUGGUUUUGUGACGAUGGCCGACAAGGCGGGCGCUGACCGGGCCAUCAAGGAGCCCAAUCCAGUCAUUGACGGGCGGAAGGCGAACGUGAACCUGGCGUACCUGGGGGCCAAGCCAAGAGGCCCUGCCGCAGGUGAGGACGCCCUAUACGAUUGGGUCUACAUGCGUGCGGCUACAUGUAAAGGAUACAAUGAUGGCAUUCCAAUAGCCGGGGUGACCCGGUACCCAACUGUUUUACCCGGGCAGUAUGGGAUUCAUCCAGCCAGUAAUUACUUGUACCAUCCUCACUCUGGAUACAUUCCAACUGCUGCUGGACUGGUGCCCAUCACGCACACACCUUUGAACGCCGCCGCUGCUUUGACAGCUGCGAGUCAACAGGCGUACUUUGAUUAUACUAGUGCUGCAGCUGCCUAUCCAGGUACUUAUCAAACUGCGGCUGCCGCUGCAACAGGCAUGGAGCCCUACGCUGCCGCAGUCUCUGCAGCCUCUGCAAUGUCCCAGUAUGCAGCUGCUGUUCCAGGUUAUUCUUGGCCUCUGCCCCAAGCAGCUACUGCUGCUGCAGCAGCUGCUGCUGGUACAAUACCUCUGUCUCCUUACCCAGCAGCUGCAGCACAGCCUCAGCUUCAGGAAGCCCGUAUGCAAUAAUGUUUCAUGCAUUACAAUGGGCAGGCAACCAUAAUGAACCUCUACUAAUUACAUAAACAUUGCGGAUGCCAUUCCUGUUGCCCAUCUCCCAUUGUCAGUUCUCUGGUAUAUUUUGGUGGAUUCUUGGUCACUCUACCAUUGGAGAACUGACGGAUGAAGGGUGGCUGGGUUGACACUAUGAACCUCCUGAGGCUCCCUGCCCAACAUGGAUUUUACUUUAGGCAUUCAGGCACUGCCUGGCUGUUGCCACCCUUUUUCGGUUGUGAACACUUCGACAAGCUACUUGCGUCGUUAGUACUGACCACUGACUCCUAGCCAGUGAUAAGAUGACUUGAGUGUUGUCCAAAGCAACAAUCUGCAAAACUCAUGAUGCUUGCCAAUAUGUAAUUUAGUGUUCAUGACUUAAUUUGGGAUCACUGUUGAGAUCUCGCCACAGCAAACACAAUAUUUUAUGAAAAUAUUUAUAGUUACAGUACUGUUGUACAAGAUAGAUGAAAGUGCAAUUCGUGUCGCUUUUUAGAGAUAUAAAAGUUACAGUGCUCUAAAUAUUUUAAGACUUUACUUUUUCUUUUUACAAAUUUACUUGUUUUUGUUGUUAGAAACAUAGGAGGAUAUAGUGGCCGACUAAGUGCCUGGUGUAGACCAGCUCUUUCUGUGAUGACUUGCCAUGGGCUGUCACAUGAUCCACUUCUCACCCGUGAUAGUUAAAAUAUUCUGAGGGUAUCUCAUGUCAGGUCUCGAAAUGUGUUCUCUACUUUCUUCUUUUAUAAUAAAGUGUUAUCUCAAAGAUAGAGAGGAAAAUAGGAUAUUUAUUUCUUAUGCUGUCUCUCAAUCAUAUGAUAUUGCUAGUGCGGAGUUCGAGGAGAUCUCUGCGAGGUUCUUCAUUUUCAUGAUAUUCGAUUCCAUAUCUGACAGAGUUUUUCUCUCUUAAAUAUAGUGAUAAGAUGUUUAUAAUAACAUUUUCCCUGUUAUAUCAUUUUCAUAUUAAGAAUAAUAUUUUGUUAUCUAUAGUUAAUAAUUAUUUGUACUCACCUAGCAGAUUUGCUACUGUAUUGACGCUAUACUGUACUAUAUCAUUAAUCUGUACGUUAUAGUUUUAAGGUCUGACUGAUGAAGUGUGGAAAUUCCUCUGAAGCAGUUAUUCGAGGAACCUAUAUUUUAACAUAUCUUAUUCUCCAGAGAGAAUUUCCAUGCUUCAGUCAGCAGAACAGUAGAAUAGAAAACUGGAAUGCCUCCAGUUGCCAUAGGAAAAGGUAAUAUAAUGUUAUGUAUUAUUGUAUACUGUAAUGUAUCAUAUACGGUAUUAAGGUAUGAAUGUUAGGCAUAAUGUGAAAGCCUUAAUGAGGCAAGCAAGAUUAUUUGGGUUGUCAAAGCUUGUCAUACGACAUAUAAAUACAACAGAGAAAGAUAAUCAGCCAAACAUUAAGCUUCGACAGCCCUUUGAGGUGAAGGGAAGUCUCAUCAUAACAUCUAGUCAGAAUCUCUCAUGUAUAUCGUCAUUUUGUGCCAUAUAUUGCUCAGUCCAACUACCUGCUGGAUGUACAGUUUUUUAUUUUUUAUUUUUUUUACUGUAAGGUGUCAAUUACUGAUAUCUUCCAUGGAAUGUUAAUUGACUAUGAUGACCCAAGAGAGUUUACUUUUUCUAGCAUUAGUGCCUCUGAAACAUUUGCCAUGAAAUGGCCAGUCAUGUGUAUCUUACACAGUCUUUACUGAAAGGGAAAAGUUAGGAUUAAAAUGAGUACAGAACCUCACAGCUAAUGCACAUAGAUUUGACAAUGCAAAGAAUAAAUCCAUAGUACUUAUAAAAUGCAGUAUAAGAAUACAAUGUUGUACUUUAUUGUAAAUUACAAACCACAGUGACAAAUCAGACAGUUUUACAAUUGGUAAGAAACCCAUGAAAUAUUACCAUAGUUCAGUUCAAUUAAAAGUAGCAAUAAUGGGAAAAUAUUUUGUAAGAUACAAAAUAAAAUGCAGAGCAUAGUCAGAUUAACCAAAUAAUUUUAUAGAAUGUUAAGUAAUUAUAGAUUGUUCCUUUUUAGCGCUUUAUAUUGCUGGCAUUACUUAAUGUAGGACCAAAAUUUUCCAAAAUGUUUUUUUAUCUUAUGGUUCCUCUAGUCAGAAAUGAAUGUUAACAUUUGCUGCUCUCUGUCAAAGCGUUCAUUUGCUCUUAACUUUAGUAUUUCCAAUGCCAAUGUCUUGGGAGUAAUUUAUAGCCGGUCAUUCAUAUGGUAACUGCAUGGCUUUAUUAAAUUCUUAUUGGAGUAUGAAGAUAUGUUUUUUAUAUAUACUGCUCUUACACUAUGAUGUACUACUGUAUUGCAGUACCAGUAGGGAAGUGUAGACCCAAACUAUCAACAGUUCCUUCUGUCACCUUUAAAGGAACUGAAUGCAAUAUUUAAUUUUGAUGGUAGUGUUUUUGUAUGUGGUGUUUAUACAGCAUCUCUUGCAGGAGACUCAAUCAUGAAACCACCUCAUAUCUAUACAGGAAAGCUGAUACGUGUACCUGUUUUAUACUACUGUACUUAUAUCUUCCUGAACAUAUUUAUUUGAUAUUUCUGUUGAAUCAGCUUGUAUAACUUUAUUGUACUGUUUUUAAGUUUAUAGCCUUUUAAAAAGCAAUAAUCCUUGUGAAAUUGUUCAAUAAGCAGUCUCACACAGUAGUACAGUAGAGUAUUUUGAUUUUUCUCAUUUAAUAGAAGUUUAACAAAAUUUGAAUUUGGAUUAGUCAUAUGUAUUAAAUUACAGAUUUUUUCAUGAAUUCUGUUGUUUCUGAAUACAAACAAGAGAUUUUGUUAAUUUCCUUCUAUUGUACUACAGUAGCAUUUAUAGAUAUUCUAGAUAAAGAAUAUGAAGAAAAGUUACAUUCUAUGAAGAAGAGAAUAAAAGACUUUACUUGAUUGUAAUUCUUGAUAUGUUGCCAUGUUCAAUACGUAUUUCUUUACUAGAAUAUUAAUUAUGGAAUUCCUAGGGACUGUUUACAGUCCAUGUUUCAUGUAACAAACAUUUGGGCCAAAAUACCUAUUUUGAUAAAAAAAAACAGUACUGUUACCAUAAAAGCAAAAGAAAAGAAAAAAGAAAAGUAUCAAAUGGGUCUUUUUGGUUAUACUGACAACCAUGUCACUGAGAUGGUAUCAGAUACAACAUAACUUGAUAACUUGUGGAGUAUUUCACUUAUUGAACCAGAUAGGAACCUUUAUGAUUUAUUCUUUGAUUGUAAAAAGCUUUUGCUAUAUUUAUUCAGCAAUUGUAAAAAGGCCUUAUGAUAAUAGCAUAAAUUGAUGGGAAUGUCCUGUUAACGUUCUCAUGUAUAGAGCAUUCAAAUUAAUUUUGGGGGGCUGAAAUGUUCAGCAUUGGAAAUUUACUUUUCCUUUUAGUACACUCACUGGGUAAAGAGUAGUUUUGUGCAGGGUUCAGCUAUAUCAGUGGCAGCCAGUUUCUUUAGUUAUUGAAAGGUAAUUCUUGUAUUUUGUUUAAGGCAGUUACCCCUGUAAGUGCAGGUGAUCAUAGUACGUAUUGGUAAUGUUGUCAUAAUUGUUUUUUGGUAUUAUGGUUAAAAAGAAAAAACAGUUAGUGUAACAUAUUCCUUUAUGCAAGCCAGAAGGUUCUUGUAAAAAUUUGCAAUCAGAAACUGUUGAGAGCGCUUUAAAAGUUGGGAGACGUUACUGCUGUAAAAUUAAGGCUACCAGUUUGCAAGUGUAACAGACACUGUAAUUUAAUAUUCAUGUGUGCACAUUUACUGAAAGAAAUGGAUAGUACUUUGUGUACAGGAAUACUGAAAGAAAGAGACACCAAGGUGAAGCAGAGGCCGAAAGAACUGCAUUCUCAUUUUUCAAAGUUAUAUACAUAUAAAUAUAUAUUGAUGACAAAAUAUACAAUUUAUGCAUUGUUAUUUUGAGGUCAAAAUGAAUGGUUAAUGAUAGUUCUUUUUCUUUAGCUUUGUGAAAAGAUACAUUGAUGACUAAUUGCAGCUACAUUAGAUCACUUUAUUACCGCCCAUGAAUUUUGUACAGUUAGUUGUAAUAAAGCAACUUGCAAUAAGUUAUAGAUACAAGUACUCCAGGCUGAAAUGGAAUCAGCAGACAAAAGAGCUGCAAUGGAAGUUGACAUGAUUCUCUUCACUAUCUUUACAUUCACUAUAUCUGCAGAAAAUUGUCUGUACACAGAAAUACAAAAUGUUACGUUUCCUAAAACCAGGGAGAAUACUUGUAUGAUUUUCUAUGAAGGAAAUACUGUAGUCAUUAUAGCUCAUAUUACAUAUUUAGUUUGUAAGUUUCAGAUAGAAAAUAUAUGAAAGGAAAUAAUGUAUUUAUUGUUACUAUUUACUGUUAUUGUAUGUGAGAUGAUCAUGACUGGAUGAAAUUCAUCCAUGCGAAUACCGGAUUUUAUAUUUUUAAUGUGAUUUUUAUAUUAUCUAUUAGGUAAUUUUUGGCAUAGUAUUUAAUUGUAAUGUUAAAUAUUACUCCGUAAUUAUCCACGUGCACGUGGACAAAAGUACUGUUGUGCUAUACGUACUCUCUAAUGUGUUCUUUUAUUUCAGUCAUUAACAAACAUAACAUGAUCACCUCACAACAAGGUCAUUCACCAAUGUCUAGUAUUAAGGUUUAAUAUUACUUCAUAAGCUUUGGGUCUUCAUGACAUGUUCUCUUAGCAAAGAUUAAGGUUCGUUCUUUCGGGAAAUAAGUACUUGAAAUGGAAACCUUUGGGUCUGCAGCAUAAUAUAUAUAGCUCAAAUUUUGCGGGAGAUACAUUCAUGACAAACCCAACAGCACAGAUAUAUGGUUAUAAGAAGUCCCCUCAUGUGGCAGAGUUUAUCAGCCCAGGUAUAGGUACGUGAAUUUAUGUAUGGCUUUGUGCACUAGUGCUUUAUAUUGAAAAGGUUUUGGCAUGGUGCCAAGUAUGGACAUUUGCAAUAUAUAUAUCCUUUAUUGUGGGGAUAAGUAUGGACAUCUGCAAUAUAUCUUUUAUGGUGGGGAUAAAGUGGGCCAGGGAUAAUAACAGUACCCAAGAUGCAAGGAAGGUAAGGGAGCAUUUUCCCUGUAAUGGCUUGUGUACCCAUAUCAAUAGCACUGGUGUGCAUAUCCAUGCAUAGUCAUUGACACUGUAUACACUUGUGAUACAUGUGUGCUGUACGUAACAUAUGAACUUCAGAGGUAAAUAAUGAUGGCCUAAUAUGCAUUCUUUUUUAUUCAAGAUGUUUUGACUAAAUAUAUCAAGAGGACAACCGAGUUGGUCAUUGUGUCGAGGGCGAAAGGGGAUACAUUAUUAAUUUAACUUAAAUACAGUUCAGUCUUAAAUUAGUAUAUUCUUUCAUUAAUGGUAAAUAACACCACCCCUGUAAGGGUUAAAGGUUGUUUAGGGUGUGUGAUGGGUGAGAUAACAUUCAAGACCUAAUUUCCUAAGCUGCUUUUCUCAUCCUAUUACUGUACUUGAAUGUUCAACACAAAUAUGCAGUACUGAAGUGCCUUAUUUUUUAAUCUUAAUAUUCACCAGAUGCCCUUCUACAGGUAGUGCCUUGUCUGUGUGUUGGAAUUCAGAUUCUUAAAUUUCAAUGUUUGGAUAGUCUUUUUCAAGAUUAUUUUAAUAUUAUAUUGAACAUGUUUUUGUCUGGCUGUAGAUUGUACAGUAUAUGUACGGUAAAAAUGGUUUCCAAGAUUUUUAUCCCAAUCGCCAAUCAACCUACUGGAAAAAAACUUUUAGCGCUAACACUUUAAGAUAAAUUAAUUUACACAGCCAUUUGAUUGCAAUACGUAUUCUAUGGAUAUUUCAAACAAAGUUGAUUAAUUUAAUGUUAGUUUCAAACCAUGCAAACUUAUUAGUUGCCCCUUUGAAGUUAAUUGCUAUUGAUAUUUUGCCCUUAAAAAUUUUUCUAACGUUUCUACUGUAACUUUGAGAAUAUCAUCUAUUUUCAGUGUUUCUACUACAACUUUGUGAAGAUCAUCUAUUUUCAGCUUUCAUAUGCCAGAAAUGAUUGGUAGCUGUGACCAUUGAGGAUGCUAGAAAACUGUUGAGCUUUUGCAGAUUAACUGGUUGUAUGAAUGUUUGCCAUGUAUGUCUAUCUUAACAAUCUCACACCCUGUCUCUUGUCAGCCAGAUCCAGUCACCAUUAUUUAUUUUUUAAUUUAUUAUAGGAAAUAAAAAAAAUAAAAUCA